CACUAUUACGAUUUUGUGCUGUUUUGGUAAACAAACAAAAUAUUUCGUUUAUUAUGGUUUAAAAUGUUAAUAAUUGUAAAAUGUCGGCACUAUCAAUAGAAAAUGUAAAAGAGUAUUGCCGAACUUGCUUGAAAAAAUUGAAAAGAAAGAAUAUUAAUUGUUCAAUAAAUUUAGAAGAGGAAGAAGAACUUUCCGACUGCAAAGAUUUUUGUAUUAGCAUUGUAGGUAUUGAAUUUAUACAACAAUUUAUCACUUCAUGUAUGGAAGAACAGUGGACUAAUGAAGAAGCGAGAACGAUGUCUCAAGAGUAUCCUCAAUAUAUGUGCAUAUAUUGCUAUAAGAAAUUACAAGGUGUUGUGUCAUUCAAAAAACAAGUGAGAAAUAGUACACAGAGGUUGAAAGAGUUACUUUGCCUAGGUGCACCUAAAGCUGAAAUUGUUGAGGAUGGAGAACACCAGGAAAUUGACAAAAAUUCUGGUGUAGAACAAUCCACAACAGAUAUCUUUAAUUUGUUGCUUAAAGACACUCUUAUGGAAACGGAAUCCGUUAUGAUAAAUGCUGUGAGUGAUGUAGCAAUAAUUAGCAAAGAAUUGCCUGAUCCAGAUCCAUUUGAUAAUGAUCCACCGGUUGAUAUUUCAAAAAAGGAAAAUGUGAGCGAUGAUAAUUGCGAAAGUUAUAAUGAAGAAUGUUAUGAUUUUAAAGGGGAAGACUCCAACGAAGGAAUAUAUGAACGAAUUAUAGAGCAUGACAAAGUAAACUUACAAAAUAAUGUCAAAUCAUCGACUGCGGUGGAAGGUAAAGCUCAGCAAAACCAACGCAGGGAUUUUAGUUUGGAAAUAAAAAAGUAUCCUACCCGCUCCCGUAGAAAACGCUCUUUACCGAUUGAAAAUACAAAUACUGAAAACACAACUGACAAGAAAACAAAAAGUAGAAAAGUGGGGAAAGUUGGUGGGCGCAUUCAAUUAGGUCUAGGCACAGACCAUUUGGAUAUAACGACGAAGCGUCGUAAUAAAGGAACUAAGAACAGUUUCAAAUGCAUGCAAUGUAGUCACAGUUUUGCACACAAAAUAACACUGGAUGCUCAUAUACGCAAAGUACACGAAGGAAGUAAGCGACCAUUUCAAUGUGAUCGUUGCGAAAAAUCGUACACAUUUAUUGGUGGACUUUAUACGCAUAUCAAGGAAAUACACGAUGCUGAAGUGAGAUCAUAUGCUUGUGAUAUUUCAGGAUGUGAGCGUAUAUAUACCAGUUUUAUAGCAAUGCAAAAGCAUAAACGUUUAAAACACUCUGAUACCUCGUGUUUAACCAAGUAUGUGUGUGAACAAUGUGGUGCAACCUUUAAUCAAUCGGGUAAUCUUAAAUACCAUCGGCGCGCAAAGCAUCCUACGGAAGCAGAACAAGCUGAAAAAGAGCAAAUGAAAGAGCGUUUUGAAUGUGAUAUCUGCAAAAAACUCUUUUAUUCCCGUUACACAUUGAAAUAUCAUACCCUGCAGCUGCAUACCAACGAGACGAAAUAUGAAUGUAACAUUUGCGGUCGACGAAUGGCUAAGAAAUUUAUGCUUGUCCAACAUAUGCUAGUUCAUUCUAAUGACAAAAUGCCAUGCGAACACUGUGGUAAACAAUUUAUACGGAAAUUUGAAUUGGAGGCCCAUGUAAAAGCGGUGCAUAUGAAAUUGAAACCGUUUGAAUGUCAAUAUUGUUCCGAAUGUUUUGCUUCGCGGAAAACGCUACGGCAUCAUGAAUACAUACAUACAGGAGAAAAACCCUAUGUUUGUGACGUCUGUGGACAAGCAUAUCGACAACAAACAUCCUUAAAAAGUCAUCGAAAAUCACACGAAAAAUUCGUUGCGGAAUCAAAGACAAUGAAUGUUAAUCAGGAAUUAAUUAAUUCAUUUUUGAUACCACAGCCUCAUACAACUCCUCACUGCUCGUAGGUAAAUACGAGUAUAACAAAUAUGAGUAGUGUUGCCAAUGGAUGCGGAGAGGAGUAAUUAAUAUACAAAUACUACUAACAUAAUUAUGUUGUAGUUGGUAGUGUAAUUGCAAUACAACUGUACAAGUGCAAUACUAUGCAAAUAGCUGCUGUAAAUGCAUACCACGUUUUGUUACGUAUGUAUGAAAUAUUUUCAUUAGUUUUAAGUAUUUGUAUGUAGAAAUCCAUACUAUCUAAAAAAUUGUUUAACAACAUUUUAAAAUAAGUUGGGGGUUUACUAAAAGAAAUGCUCAAAAUUUA